UUUAUUAGUGUCACUUCUGGUGUCACUAGAGAAUAAAAUUGUUUUUGACAACCUUUUGUUUAUUGCAUACUUUUUCGCAUUCAGCCUGUAAAGUGUUGUAUUUAUUAUUUAAUUUAUAGCCGAAAAAUUAUAAUUUAUUGAAUUCAACAAACAGGCCUCUAAAAACUCAAAAGUGUUUAUGUUAAAAAAAUGGCCGAUGGUACUGGACAUAAAAAUAGACCAAAUACGGGAACAGUUCCAAAAAUAAAAUAUUCUAAUAAUGCUGCAGCUAUUCAUACCUCACAGGAGCAGUCAAAAGGCCCAAGAAUGUCUAAUAAUUUAUCUCCCUUAUGGCACACAUAUGUAGAUUCGUCCAAUAUUUUACAAAAUAAACGUAGAAAUCAAAGAAAUAAGUACUUAAGUAUGGAUGUUGCUUUAGAUGGAUCUGAAUUACCUAACGGUUUAGCUGCUUAUUCAGUCAACGGCAUUACACCUGUAACCAGUUCGUCAAAUUCAAGGAGGGAUUCUGUAGGUUCAACAUUAAAGUGUGAUAAUGUAACAAAGUAUCCAGAUAGAAAACAAAUUGAAGAUAAACUUAGCCAAAUUAGGGAAUAUUUAGAAGUCACAAGCUCACUCAUGACCAGCAUAAGAAAUUCUGACGAACAGAUAUUUGACAUAGAUGAAAAAACUCACUUGCUUCAAAUGAGAAAUGAUUUGCUAGAUAGUGAAAAGAAAUUAGUGAAUUUGUUAGAAGAAAUUGAUAACAGUGAGAAAAUGGAAGCUGCAGCUAACAAUACCUUGCAGGGUUUACCUAAUGGCGACAAUUCGUCCGAAAAUAGUGAAAAUGGAAUAAAAAUUGAGCCAGACAUUAAUAGCUACGAUAAUGAGAUUUCAGCUUUGAGGGAACAGUCACAACAGCUUUUGCUUAAGCAACAUAAAGCCGAAAAUAGAUUUGUUGAAGCUAGGCAUAAUCAAGAGAAAAUUCUGCUCCCUCAUUGUAGUAAUCAAGUUAACUUAGAUCAUCAAAAACUAAACAAAAAUAUGUCUCUAUCUGAGUUUGAUUCGGCAAUAAAAGAUCUAGAGAAUAGAGCUAGAAGACUGAACAGAAGCAAUGCUAAUCAAAAUGGUGGCCCAGAGAAGAUUGUGACAGAAAUGCAAAAUCUACAUAGUCAAUUGGUCACUUUGGCCAAUGCCAAUAAUGAGAGGGAGGAACUCAUACAUGUUUUAGAUAAUAGAGAUGCUGAAUUGAGACUACAGCAAGCCGAGUUAAGGAACAAACUGUUGGAAUUGCAAACUAAAAAGGAACAAGUAGAUAAUUUGGUUCUGCAGCUUCAAUCUUUUGAAGAUGAAGAGCCUAAUGAAAUUGGCCUACAGGUUCGUAAUAUAGUCUCUAUGAAAGAUCAGUUGGGAAAAUUAAAAGAAAUGCUGGAUAUAGUGAACAAUGCUGAAAACUCUUCAGCUGCUGAAGUGCAAGCAACCGCAAAUGAAAUUUGUUUAAGAGCUGAGAAUUUACAAAAUCAAAUUUCUAAACCUGUGCACAAAAGAAAUGACAGUUAUGUUGAAAAUAGAUUGGAUAAUCAUGUCUCAAAUGACACAUAUCAGAAACAGUUAAACAAAUCUCAGCGAAAUCAAGGGGCAAGACCUAAACAAAGGACCAGCAGCAUAAAUGAAAAACUCGCAUUAAAAUCCGAGCUGGAAGCUAAAAAACGAGAAUUAGAAGAAAUAAUGGGAAAGCAUAAAGCUGGAACUUCAAAUUUAAAUCAUGAUGUUAUUGGUAAUCCAGAUAAUGAUAUGUCUUGGAAACCGUCUAUUUUUUGCCACGAUCAAGGUAGCGAUGAUCGACUGUCUAGUAACGGUGAUGAAAAUGAAUAUUCUGAAAUCCAAGACGGUGGAAAUGUUAUCUUUCCACAACAGACCAACUAUUUUCAAUCAAAUUUAAGCAAGAGAUUACGCGACAGUCAGUCAGAAUGUGAAAUACCGACUGAGAGAAUUCAAUCGUUUUCUCGCACUCCUGAAAGAAACUUGAGGAGUUUGUCAUCAAACACCUCAGAAUUUGUAAGGGAACAACAAAGAUUGUCCAAUAAACAAGACAAACUUCAAAAGCAACUGGAGCUGAUUAAGACGGUUUGCGAUUCAGUCCUGGGAGAAAUCCCUAACAAUCAGCAACAAUCCAACUUUCAACAAGUGAGAAACAAUAUAACGCCCUCUUCCGUCUACUCUGAACAGCAGGGACCGUCUUCCACUUUUAGAACAUCUCAGAAUCAAUUAAAUGUUUUUAAUGGAAAUGGCGAUGCGCCUUGGUCUCACGGACAAUCUAACUAUAACAAUCAUAACGAAUCCAACAAUUACCAAAACUGGUUAACGACAAACACGUUACAGACGCAAUCGUUUAUGUUGAACACGUUGAACCAGUGUUGCCAGAUGCUGUGGUUUCAACAAAGGGAGUUGGCGGCAUUGAGAAGUACCGUUACAAUGCUCCAAGAACGAUUAGACGUUCAUCCGUACCCUAUUCAGGCCAUGAAUGAUCAAAACAUGCCGUUGAAUCUACAAGUCCCCUAUCCCUCUAGCGUCGUCCAAAACCAGAUUCCCAACAACAAUCUCCGUCCUCCCGCUCCCACUAAAACUAACCACCAAGUGUCCGCGGCCUGCUCCAUGCCCAACCUUAACCAAUAUAACCCCGCAGCAGUGGCCUCUAACAACGAUCUGGCUUCUUUCGCUAACGUAGCCGCAACAGCAGCCCCAUCCGGCGUGCCUAAUAGCGGCCUGCUCGAGUCCUGUCUCAAUAAUCUGAGCCAGUUGAACACGUCGCAAAGCAUCGAUCACGCUAACAACGUUCUGCAUGCCGUCAAUUCAUCUAAUCUGAACCAUCAGGCCCUACCUGCUCAGAUGUGGAACGGGCAGGCCUUGAAUAAUCAAGUAGCGCCUGGCAACAGAGCUAACAAUUAUUGGGACAAUUUUAGAAGCUAUUCUCGCCAAAACCAAUUGUCGGCAAAAAACAGCGAGAGCGGCUUCCAAAAUUCAGCUUCGGGAAUUGACAGGACGCAGAACCCGUUCCCUCUCACCGCGGGAACGUCGAAAAGCAAUUCCGAACAUUCAUCGACCAAUUCCCAGGAACAUACGCCUCGAAAACGAGUCCUCAAAACCACCAGACACAACACGGAAACGGCAUCGAGAGCCUCAGAGCAUCAAGCUCCUCCCCCUGACGUUUUAAUAGUGAAUCAAAACAGGCACAAACUGGGCUGCGACCAAUCGGAGAUUGCCGGUUUGGCGCAGCUCGAGCAACAUCGUAACUUGGAAGAGUUGGAGCUGGGUCUACAUCGAUUGUUCAAUAUCAGCCAUCCUAGGUCGUUAAUAGAUGGUGCUGAAGAUGAUAGUAAUGGUCUUAGAACGAUCGUUCCUGAACGAAGACAGAACGAAUGGCACAACGAACAAACGAGUCAACGACCCAAAAAGAAUAAGUUAGUUGACGAACUGCGUGAGAAUGUUUACAAAGAAGUAGCCUCUUUGAUAUCAGCCAACGAAGCCAGACCUCAUUUUCUCAUACAGUUAUUCAAAGACCUCAAAAAAAUAGAAUCCGAUUCGCUAAGACUGAAAAUUCUCCAGUCCAUUCAAAACAUUCUGACUCAGUCUCUGCCAUCCCAGCAAAAUGCCAAUCCAAGACAGUUGACGGAGUCUGACUCAUUGACAUUGUCAGAGUCCUCUGAACAAGCUUCAGUGUGGUCAAGGCCUACCAAGCAAUUCUCAUCAGACAUUUUAAAUAUGCGCUUGGAGUCUGACGAACCAUUGCUCCAAAAUUCUUAUAAAGAAUUAAUUUCUUUGCUAGAUAACACUGAAGAUGAGGUCAUGGGAAUCAGUCUUUUAACGACUAUAAAACAGGUGUUUCUGGAAUCUGAGUUAUUCAAGGAAUCUGUGAAAGAUACCGUGUUUUUAAAACAUUUUUCGAAUGUCUUAGAUGAUGUACUAGAACAGUAUCUCGGCAAAAAGGUCCAUGACAUAAAAAUACAUCUCAUCCAGACUAUAGGAGAUUUCUUGCAAGGAGAACUAUCUUUUAUUCAUUUAAUACAAGAGACUAUACCUGAAACCCGGGUGAGUCAAGACAGAAAGGAUUCUAUACACUCAAAUGCUGCAUAUAGUGUUGCUAGUACAUUGUUUGAUAUUCCGAAUCAAGAUGCUUUACAAAAUGGCGAUAAUAUUCAAAAUGGCGAUUUGGCAGAAGCAGAUCAAACUAGGAUGGAAGAAAAUGAGUUAGACGAGGAGGGCGCUGUUGGAGGAUUUGUGGAAUCUGAGGAAGAUGAUAUGAAAAUUAUGUCGCAGGGUCAUUCUGAAGAAGUGCUAAAUGGACCUUCAAUAGAUUUUCCCUCGAGUAGUGAAGGUUUAGAUCAAGUUCCAACUAGAUUACAAACGAAAAUCAAAUCAGGUGCUGCCACUCCAACUAAAGAAUUGUUUCAGAUGUUCUAAGUGCACAUCAUGAUGUGGAGCCCUACUGAAACAAACUUCAUCUGACAAAGUUCCUUAAAGAAUUAAAGUUAGAAGCGAAAUCAUCGAAAUUUGAAGAAACAUUUCUAAUUAAGAAACUGUAUAAGAAUACUGAUAUAAAUUUCAUAUCAUAAGUUAUUAAAAAACUGUUAUACAACAUACUUGUCUGUGAAUAUAAAAUCAUUAAUAAUAAACAAAUAUUUAUCUCCUAUAUAUCAAAAAUGUUAUCUCUAUACUAAAAUUACUGUUUAUAGUUAGAAAUUUUUAAUUAUGGAGGUUUUUUGAAGGAUACACCAAUGUUUCACUUCUUUUAAUUCAUAAGGAAGUUAUUUGCCUGUAUAAAAAAUGUGAUAAAUCUUAGUUGUAUUCUAUUCUUAUAAAAGUGGGGAUGAAGAGCCAAGUGAAAUUGUUCGAUUCAAUAUUUUUUCCUAUCCAUCACAUUUUAAAAACAAAUUAUUAGAUAUUUUUAUUGUGUAUAUUUGCCUAUUUUAUAUAAUUUUUAUUUAGAUUACUCUUGGCUUUUACUGCUCUCAAAUGUUAUUUAGAUCUGUUGCAUAAAACUGGUGAGAUUUUUUGAGGAUAUUUAUUUAUUUCGUUUUAUACUGUUUCAUUUCUCACAUAUAUUAAUUUGUUCAUUUGAUUCACUUUUCUGUUAAUCUGUAAAUCCUGGACUAUUGUUAAUAACACUAGUGAUUUUAUCUGGCAGGUCAUUAUUCCAUUCUUGUAAAUGUAUGUUUUAAUUAAUUGUUUUAAGAUAUUUAGUCUCAUAAACUGAAUAUGUAUGAUCGAAAAGUUUUUCAUUUCUGAUUUCUUAUAUAAAUACUGGUAUGAACUUAACAGUUUAUUUAUUAAUCAAGUUUAAUUUGAUUGUAUCGCAUUUCGAAUAGUACAUUAUUUUUCUCAAAACAUUAAAUAUAUACAUUACUGAUAUGAGCAAAGAUAAAUUUCAAUAAAUACUUAUAUUCU